GCAAUUCACACUUGAUUAUCUUACAUCAGAUAAAUUAGCAGCCCCUGAAUUGUUGGGCAGUCUGGCAGUGGAGCUCUCCCCAGCCUGAUAGCCACUCUAGAGGCCAUGCUUCGAUUCUUGCCAGAUUUGGCUUUCAGCUUCCUGUUAACUCUGGCUUUUGGCCAGGCAGUCCAAUUUCAAGAAUAUGUCUUUCUCCAAUUUAUGGGCUUAGAUAAGGCGCCUUCACCCCAGAAGUUCCAACCUGUGCCUUAUAUCCUGAAGAAAAUUUUCCAGGAUCGCGAGGCAGCAGCGACCACUGGGGUCUCCCGAGACUUAUGCUACGUAAAGGAGCUGGGCGUCCGUGGGAAUGUACUUCGCUUUCUCCCAGACCAAGGUUUCUUUCUUUACCCAAAGAAAUUUUCCCAAGCUUCCUCCUGCCUGCAAAAGCUGCUCUACUUUAACCUGUCUGCCAUCAAAGAAAGAGAACAGUUGACACUGGCCCAGCUGGGCCUGGACUUGGGGCCCAAUUCUUACUAUAACCUGGGACCAGAGCUGGAACUGGCUCUGUUCCUGGUUCAAGAGCCUCCUGUGUGGGGCCAGACCACCCCUAAGCCAGGUAAAAUGUUUGUGUUGCGGUCAGUCCCAUGGCCACAAGGUGCUGUUCACUUCAACCUGCUGGAUGUAGCUAAGGAUUGGAAUGACAACCCCCAGAAAAACUUUGGGUUAUUCCUGGAGAUACUGGUCAAAGAAGACAGAGACUCUGGGGUGAAUUUUCAGCCUGAGGACACCUGUGCCAGACUGAGACGCUCCCUUCAUGCUUCCCUGCUGGUGGUGGCCCUCAACCCUGAUGAGUGCCCCCCUUCUCGGAAAAGGAGAGCAGCCAUCCCUGUCCCCAAGGUUUCUUGUAAGAACCUCUGCCACCGUCACCAGCUGUUCAUUAACUUCCAGGACCUGGGUUGGCACAAGUGGAUCAUUGCCCCCAAGGGGUUCAUGGCAAAUUACUGCCACGGAGAGUGUCCCUUCUCACUGACCAUCUCUCUCAACAGCUCCAAUUAUGCUUUCAUGCAAGCCCUGAUGCAUGCAGUUGACCCAGAGAUCCCCCAGGCUGUGUGUGUCCCCACCAAGCUGUCUCCCAUUUCCAUGCUUUACCAGGACAAUAAUGACAAUGUCAUUCUACGACAUUAUGAAGACAUGGUAGUCGAUGAAUGUGGGUGUGGGUAGGAUGGCAGAAAUGGGAAUAGAAGGAGUGUUCUUAGGAUAAAUCUUCUAAUAAAACUACCUAUCUGGUUUAUGACCACUUAGAUCGGAAAUGUCAAUA